CCCCCUGACAGGGGAGACACACUCGUGCCAAAACAGUAAGGGCCGUUGCCAAAUGCAACCCAACACCUAAUGACAGCAUAAAGCACGGUGCGCCAGUUGGCCGUCAGCGGUCGUGACACGGUUUGGCUUGCCGUGUGACACGACAUAUGAGCGCGAGCUUUCCAGAAAUCAUUCCAAUUAUGAAUGCGACGUAAACGCACGGCCCCUGGCAUUGGCACGCCUUACACACGUCCCUUUGGAUCCUGCCGAAAUUGAAGCGAUUCAGCCAACGGCGCACUGGUUUGUCUUGCCGUCCUUAUAUGAUUCUUAUAGGCCAAAAGAAGUAUUUCAGAAGAAUGACGCAGAACGCCCCCGUGGAAAUGCACGCCCCCGCCGACAGCCGGGCCACCGACGCGCUCGCUGUCGCUCCUGUUAACGAGCAGGCUGCUGAGCAAGCCGAAAGCACGACAACAGCUGAGCAGCCUGACGCCGUGCGGACCCCGCAGCAGCGGGCGACAGCAUCGUCAGUGCUUCCUCUCGCGGCCGCGCUCGGCACCGUUGGCGUGGCGCUCAUUAGCACAGUUCUGGGACUGCUGCUGAAGCGGCCGCGUAAGCCCGCCAGCAAGGCGGAGACGAAGGCCGAGGCCAAGGCCGAGGCGUCUGAGGAGGUGACUGCUCGGGCCACCAGCGGGCUGGCUCAGGCUCAGCACCCUGCGAGCGGUCUGGCCGUGGACUUGUCCCCCUUCGGCUCGCCUGUGGGCGGAACGCCUGCGCGUAUCGCCGCAGCCCAGGGAAAGAUCGCGGCUGCUCGCUGCGCGGAGAGCGACAUCGACGACGCAGGGUCCGACAACGCCUCGGUGCGCGACCAGCGGCAGGGCGCGGUGGAUGCGGCCGCUCUUCAGAAGAUGCUGCGGCAGAUGCAGGAGAUGGCGGAUGAGAACCGCAAGCUGUCCGCCUUCCUGGCCGAGCACAAGGCCAGCACGGAGAAGCUGCUCAAGCUGGAGCAGGAGAACCAGGCCCUGCGCGACGUGACCAACCAGCUGGAGGACGAGCUCAAGGAGAUCAAGACAGUCACCGCCGCAGCACUGCCGCGCACUGGCGCAGAGCUGGAGGCCUUCAAGCGCAACGUGUCGCGUGUGCCCAACGUGGCGCGCAGCGUUUGCAGCAACGACGAGACCGUGGUGCUGGGCAUCAGCACCGCGUCGGUGGACGAGGGCGCCCGCAUGCAGCGCACCAACGUGUUCAAAACGCUGCUGGCCAACCUGUCCAACAUCGGCGGCACCCCCAGCGCCGGAAACAGCGUCGCCACCACCCCCCGCGGCAGCACCGGCGGCGCGGGCAGCCAACCGCUGCAGCCGGUGGGCGGCAGCAGCCGCGGCCGCCGGGGGCCGGCGCCGGAGGAGGCGGCGGCCAUUGGGCAGGCCGUGUACCAACUGCUCGACCAGUUCGGCGGCCGCAUGAUGUGAGCAAGGCUUGGGUUAAGCAGAUGAGGCAGCGGCGGUGGAGGAGGAGGCGGCUAGUACAGCAGGCCACAGACCACAUGCCUAGAAGCAGUGGGCGCCUGGCGGAGAGCAGGCAGGGGCGCCUCCCUGGCAGCAGGAGGCAGCGGGGGGGGGGGGCAUUGAGACACCCCGCGUAUCAUGAAGCAAAGGGCGCGGCAACGGGGAGCAGGAGGGUAACCUACCGCCGCGCCAGCAGCGGCAGAAGCAACGGCGGCUGGGGCACGUGCUCCAGCUGCGGCCGCGCUGCGGUCUUGGACAAUGGCGGGACUGCAGCGUAUGUCGCCGAAGCUUUAGCAGGAGGGUCCGCUCGCAAUCAGCAGCGUGUAGUUGGCUUGUUUUGGACCAGGGCGUUCCGCAGAAUGGGCAUCAUAGCUAUUAGAGCCAACGGUCCAGGUCCAGAAGGGCCUUUGGAUGGAGGUUGUAUUCCUCAGUCAGGUCUGAUGCGUGUUGAGGUGUGACGGCAUAGUUUGAACUUCUGACGUAAGAAAGGUUCGUGAUCCAGCAUGCGUGUUCCAUUAUAUGACAGGGUACCGCGGUUCAUAAUCUCCAUAUGGUUGGACUGUCGUCUCGUCGUCUGGCAGAUCAUGGAAGCGGGGGGUGGGGGUGGGAAGACCGGCAUGAGGGGUGGAGUCCGGUGGAGUCGAGGAGUUAGCCCCCAGGGCGCUGGAGCGUUCUCGCAUGUAUGCGUGUCAAAGCUGUA